AUGGACAGUGCGCUGUACCACUCAGCAGGAAUAUUCGGCACCCCUUCGGCAUCGGGAAGCCUAACUGCGGGAGAAAGCAUGAUCGCCAGCACCAAACCGCUUGCUUUUUCGAUCGAAAGGAUUAUGGCCAGGACACCCGAACCAAAGUCGAUACCUUUUCCAAACUUGUUCCACGCUCCCGUGGGGAAAGCAGACCCCAAGCAGGCGCUCCGCGUCAGUCCUCCGCUGCACUGCGUGAUCCCGCUCAUGCCACUGUCGUAUGAGCCAGGUCACAAACUUCAUAUGAGUGGUGGAACAGAAGCGAAUCACUCUGAGGCUUUUUCAUGCAACGCCAGCAAACUGGUGAGUAUCGGCGCGAAUUAUAAAAAUGAGCAUCAAGACACGGCUCCGACAAUCGGACAAUACAAACUCUUUCGUCCGCGCGUGGUAAAUCAAUCCUCUUUCCAUGCCAUGGGCGCGGUAUGUUACCUGAACUGUGGGGAGAGUGCUUGCCCACCUCCACCGGGCUUGGUCAAUCUUCAUCCCAUGGCCUCGUACUUCCUAAACACUCCUCUCCAAUCGCGCCAAAAAACUUUCUUGUCGGAAAAAAGUAAACCUGGCCACGCUAUGGACAGUUACUCGUCCGGGUUGUCAUUUAAGGAGCUUUCUCAAACCCAACUGCAUCAUUACAUGAAGGAAAGUGCCCAGAUCUUAUCUGAGAAACUCUUUAAGAGUUCGUCUAAGUUAAACAGUGGGUCUUCGCAAGCCAAACCAAAAGUAUUCACUUGUGAAGUGUGCGGCAAGGUGUUCAAUGCACACUAUAACCUAACACGCCACAUGCCGGUACACACAGGAGCUAGACCUUUCGUGUGCAAAGUAUGUGGCAAAGGAUUUCGGCAAGCAAGCACGCUAUGUCGCCAUAAAAUUAUUCAUACUCAGGAAAAACCACAUAAAUGCAACCAAUGUGGAAAAGCUUUCAAUCGAAGCUCAACUCUCAACACCCAUGCGCGAAUUCAUGCAGGUUACAAACCCUUUGUAUGUGAAUUCUGUGGCAAGGGAUUUCACCAAAAAGGUAACUACAAAAACCAUAAAUUGACACACAGCGGCGAAAAACAAUUUAAGUGCAAUAUCUGCAACAAAGCCUUCCACCAAGUGUACAACUUGACGUUUCACAUGCAUACGCACAAUGACAAGAAACCUUUCACUUGUCCGACUUGCGGGAAAGGUUUCUGCAGGAAUUUUGAUCUUAAGAAGCACAUAAGGAAACUGCACGACAUAUCACCAGGACCCCAUUCACCGCCAACACCUAAUGACAACACAGAGAUCCAAUAAAAUCUCGAUGCUAUAACGCUGGUAAAAAUCGGUGUCCUAUCAAAAAAUCUCUCUUCCUGAUAAUGGACAUAUUUUAUCCCGCAUGCAAUCCAGGCCUAUCUGGCAACGACCGAACGUUUCUCUCACCACGUUUUCUGAAACCUUUUUUGAUCUGUAAAAAUUAUGGCAUUCUGUUCACUCUCAGGGUAUUUACGUUGUAUCAUGUUGUACCUUUUAUUAUAGACUUUAAUUUAUU